ACUCCAUUUAGGAAACGAGGUGACAGCCGAAACCCCGAAUUUUCCGCUAAAAUUUCGGAAUCGAGAUUAGGGAUUUCGGUAGAAAAGGGGAUACCAUGAACCCGUUAACUUUAGUGAAGCGAUUACAGAACAUUACGGCAAAGGAAGCAGAUUUAGGAAUAUCGGAGGAAGCAUCAUGGCACGCCAAGUACAAAGAUUCCGCAUACAUCUUUGUCGGUGGUCUUCCCUAUGACCUCACCGAAGGUGAUCUCCUCGCUGUUUUUGCCCAAUAUGGAGAAGUUGUAGACGUCAAUCUUGUUAGAGAUAAGGGGACUGGGAAAUCGAAAGGAUUUGCGUUUCUUGCUUAUGAAGAUCAGAGAAGUACAAUUCUUGCUGUAGAUAACCUUAAUGGGGCACAGACUUUGGGUCGAAUUAUAAGGGUUGAUCAUGCCGAGAAGUAUAAGAAGAAAGAAGAAGAAGAUGAAGAGGAAGAACAAAAAAAGAGGGAAGCCCGAGGGGUUUGUUAUGCAUUCCAGAGAGGAGAAUGUACGCGCGGUGCAGGAUGUAAAUUUUCCCAUGACGAACAAAGAGCUGCAAACACUGGUUGGGGUCAUCAGGAUAAAAGUUCGAGAUGGGGAAAUGACAAAUUUGAGGGUUCAAAAAAGAGUGAAAAAAGUUAUGGCGUGCAAGAGCGUGCAAUUCAAGAAGGUUUUCGGUCAGCGAGGGGUGAUGAGAAGGCCUCAGAGAAAAUUGAUGGGAGAGAAGGGAAGAGAUCUAGAAGGUAUGAUGGGAAAUAUGUGGGGCCAACGUCAAGAGAAGAUUAUAACGGUAGUGAAGAUAGGAGAUCAAGGCGGCAUAAUGAUGAUGAUCGGUACAAAAGGGAAGAUAAAAGAUCUAGAAGGCACAAUGAUGGCGACCAUCAGCCAAGGUCUGUAGAAGACCGUCAUAGGAAGGAUGAAAAGAGUUCAAGAAGGCAUGGAGAUGAUGGUGAAUACGAGGCUGGGGUAAAAGAAGAUAGGAGGGAUGGAAGUAUAUCAGAAAGGCAUGGUGAUGAUGGUGAAUAUGAGGCUAGGAUAAAAGAAGAUAGGAGGGAUGGAAGUAGAUCAAAAAGGCAUGGUGAUGAUGAGUUUGAGCCACGACCCAAUGGAGAUCAUGACAAGAGAGGAGAAAAAAGAUUCUCGAGGAACGAAUCAGAAUCUUAUCCAAGAGAAGAUCAUGAUAAGAGAGGCGAUGAGGAAUGGUCAAGCUAUAACAGGAAUUCAUCCUCCCAUCGGCAAGGUGAGAGAUCUUAUCAUGAAGAUCAUGCCAGAGAGAAAAAAAAUUAUAUGCUGAGAUGUCUGUAACCUUUUACCUGGCCUAUGCAUCUCGUUUUAGAGAGUUGUGGUCAAUUUUUUGGCCUGGAUUUGUCUCUAAGCUUUGGUUCUAAUAUCUGUUUUCAACAUAAAUGUUUAAAUUGGCUGAUACUCAAUAGUUAUUAUUUUGA